GAAGGGGAGGGAAAAGGGGAGGAGGAGGAGGAUGUGAGACUGGGUUAGAGAAAUGAAAGAAAGCAAGGCUUUCUGUUGACAUUCAGCGCAGUCUCCCUGCAUCACAGCACACUCCCCUUGGGCAAGGACCUGAGACCCAUUGUGCUAAGUCAAGAGGCUCAAUGGGCUGCAGAAGAACUAGAGAAGGACCAAGCAAAGCCAUGAUAUUUCCACGGAAAUGUCAGAGCACCCAGAGGGACUUAUGGAACAUCUUCAAGUUGUGGGGGUGGACAAUGCUCUGCUGUGAUUUCCUCGCACAUCAUGGAACCGACUGCUGGACUUACCAUUAUUCUGAAAAUCCCAUGAACUGGCAAAAGGCUAGAAGAUUCUGCCGAGAGAAUUACACAGAUUUAGUUGCCAUACAAAACAAGGCGGAAAUUGAGUAUCUGGAGAAGACUCUGCCUUUCAGUCCUUCUUACUACUGGAUAGGAAUCCGGAAGAUAGGAGGCAUAUGGACGUGGGUGGGAACCAACAAAUCUCUCACUCAAGAAGCAGAGAACUGGGGAGAUGGGGAGCCCAACAACAAGAAAAACAAGGAGGACUGCGUGGAGAUCUAUAUCAAGAGAAAGAAAGAUGCGGGCAAAUGGAAUGAUGACGCCUGCCACAAACCAAAGGCAGCCCUCUGUUACACAGCUUCUUGCCAGCCCUGGUCAUGCAGUGGCCAUGGAGAAUGUGUAGAAAUCAUCAAUAAUUACACCUGCAACUGUGACGUGGGGUACUACGGGCCCCAGUGUCAGUUUGUGAUUCAGUGUAAGCCUUUGGAGCCCCCGAAGCUGGGUACCAUGGACUGUACUCACCCUUUGGGAGACUUCAGCUUCAGCUCACAAUGUGCCUUCAACUGCUCUGAGGGAACAAACUUAACUGGGAUUGAAGAAACCACUUGUGGACCAUUUGGAAACUGGUCAUCUCCAGAACCAACCUGUCAAGUGAUUCAGUGUGAGCCUCUAUCAGCACCAGAUUUGGGGAUCAUGAACUGUAGUCACCCCCUGGCCAGCUUCAGCUUUACCUCUGCAUGUACCUUCAGCUGCUCAGAAGGAACUGAGUUAAUUGGGGAGAAGAAAACCAUUUGUGAGUCAUCUGGAAUCUGGUCAAAUCCUAAUCCAAUAUGUCAAAAAUUGGACAGAAGUUUCUCAAUGAUUAAGGAGGGUGAUUAUAACCCCCUCUUCAUUCCAGUGGCAGUCAUGGUUACUGCAUUCUCUGGGUUGGCAUUUAUCAUUUGGCUGGCAAGGCGAUUAAAAAAAGGCAAGAAAUCCAAGAGAAGUAUGGAUGACCCAUAUUAAAUCACCCUUGGUGAAAGAAAAUUCUUGGAAUACUGAAAAUCAUGGGAUCCUUUAAAUCCUUCCAGGAAACGUUUUGCAUGGUGGCACCUCCUACAUCAAACAUGAAGUGUGUUUCCUUCAGCGCAUCUGGAAAGAUUUCUACCUGACCAACAGCUCCUUCUGCUUCCAUUCUGCCCCUCAUUUAUCCCUCAACCCCCAGCCCACAGGUGUUUAUAUGGCUCAGCUUUUUGUCUUUUCUGAGGAGAAACAAAUAAGACCAUAAAGGGAAAGGAUUAUUGUGGAAUAUAAAGAUGGCUGACUUUGCUCUUUCUUGA